AUGAAAUUUUCCAUAUUUUACAUUUGUAUUUGUAUUAUUUUUUUUUUGAAAUGUUUAAGCGGUUUAAAAUCUGAAACCGAAAAUAAAAAAAUUAAGAAAAUAAACGAAAGUAAUAAAAGAAAAGUUAGUAAAUAUGAUUACAGUUCUUUAAAAAAGAGAUUUGACAUAGAAAAUGAAAAAGAAAAAAAAGCAGCAAAUGGUAUAGAUAAGAAAAGAGAGAAUGUUGUUGUAGAGAGAGAGAAUAUAAUUAAUGAAUACGAAAAGUGCAUGAGUGUGAUAGAAAAGGAAUUUAAAGAUAAAGCAGAUAAUGAAAGUCAAAAAGUUAUAGAAGAAUUAAAAAAAUUAUGUUUAAAAAAAAAAAUAGAAGAUAAAAUAGAGAAAGAAGAAGAAGAAAAAAAAAAAGAAAAAAAAAGAAACCAAGAGAAUGAGCAAAGUGAUUCAUUACAAAAAAAAAAUAAAGAAAUAAAAUCACAAUUAGGGUUGUCUAAUAAAAUAAUAGUACCUACUGAGAUUUUGAAUGAAUCAUUAUCUGAAAUAAAAAAUUGUAUACGUAAUUAUAGGGAAAAAUGUCCUUUAAAUUGGAAAGUAAGUAAAGAUAAUAAUAAAUUGUGUAUAGCACCUGAUUCAUAUAUAGGGCCAUGUGAAAAAAAAAUAAGUAAUGAUAUUGAUAUAAGUGAAAAAAAAGUAAUAGAAAAAAGAUGUUUGGUAUUUUGGCAAUGUGAUAACAACUGCGUUCAAGAUUUUGAAAAUUAUUUAUGCCCAUUAGAUUGGAUAAAGAUGAAUGAUGAAUAUUGCAAAGCACCUGAGCAUUAUCUUGGAAAUUGCUUAAAUAAGAUAAAAUUCUCAAAUAUGAGUAAUAAAGAAAAAUUGAUAUAUUCAAAUUUAUGUGAUGUUAGAUGGCCAUGCAAAGAAAAAUGUGAUCGUGAUUAUUCUGUUUUAUGCCCAGAAGGAUGGAUUGAAGGGAACAAUGAAUAUUGUAUAGCAACAAAUAGAUAUAAGGGAAAUUGUAAAAAAAAAAUAUAUUUAAAGCACUUAGAUAAAAUAAUGAAACAGACGUAUGAACAAAAAUGCCAAUUUAAUUAUCCUUGCAUUGAUUCCUGCGAAAAAAAUUAUGAUGAUUUAUGCCCAAACUUUUGGUUACCAGUUAAUGAAAAGGAAUGUGCUCCAUCUGAAUAUUAUAAUGGGAAUUGUAACGAAAAUUAUAUUUUUAAAAAUAGAAAUAUAGAAGAAAAAAAACAAUUUGAAAAAUUAUGUAAUGUAUCAUAUCGCUGCUUAGAAAAAUGCAAAAGAGAUUAUUCUUACAAUUGCCCAAUUGGGUGGAAGGAAACCUUAAGUUAUUGUUUAGCUCCAAACUCUUAUAAAUAUAACUGUGAUAAAUUAAUGAAAAAAAAUAUGAAUGAAAGAGAAAAAAAAGAAAUUAGUAAAAAAUGUCAUAUUUUUUGGCCUUGUUCAAACUAUGAAAUUCUUUUAAAAAAAUUAAUUUAUAAUAUGUCAGAAGAAGAUUAUGUAUCUAUUAUUAAUGGUCCUGUUGAUAAUGCAACAGGAAAAAUUAUUAAUAAUUAA